UAAUGGCAAUCAUUAUGAUUGAAAUGAUUGUCAAUAGAAAUGCACACAUUCCUGGAUUGGCACCAAUGGUUCCUGUUUUUUUUGAGACCACAAUUCGAUUUGUUGUUUCCAAUCGAGAUCGAAAUGGAACCAAAAGAUCGUCUUAUGGCCGAAACUGAGAAUAAUAAUAACGAUGAUGAUGAUGUAAAGAAUGAACAACGUUUUUUAUCAAUCAAAUCACGAUUAUCGCUACAUCCAUUAGAACAUUGUUGGGUAUUUUGGCAUUAUAGACGUGCUAGAAGACGUUCGACAAAAAAAUGGAUGGAUUGUCAACGAACAUUGGUUGAAAUCGAUACUAUUGAAUCAUUUUGGAUGUUUUUUGCCAAACAACGUAGUCCAUCAAUGGUACGAAUUAAUCAAGAUUAUGCACUUUUCAAGAAAGGUAUCAAACCAAUGUGGGAAGAUCCGGCCAAUAUGAAUGGUGGACAAUGGAUUUUUAUAUUACAAAAAUCUCAAGAUAAUUAUGAUUCAGUUAUUAAUGAAAUUUGGUAUAAAAUUAUUAUGGCAAUGUUAGGAUCGAUAUUUAAACCGGAAAUUAUGGAUCAAAUAUGUGGUAUUGUAUUUUCUAUGAGAAUUUCAUGUUUUACAAAAAUUUCUAUAUGGGUCAAUGAUUAUCGUGCCAUCAAACAGAUAUUGAUACUCGGUAAUGAACUUAAACGUUUAACUAAAUUUAAUGAUUGUAUUGUAUUUCGUCGUAAUGAUAAUAUGCAAACUAAAUUCAUUUUAUGAAAUUAAAAUAAAAAAUUUAC